UAGAAACCAAAAACUAUCUUCUAAUUAAAUGGAUACCAAAGGAAAGAGAAGAGUUCAACCAUGUUAUGAAAUUUUUCAUCCAAACUCUGAUUGGAAUGUGGAACCUGGCAAUUACACCCUCAGAGUUUUUCUUCCAGGUUUCAAGAAGGAGGAGUUCACUGUUCAAAUAGACCAUCAAGGGAAACUAACAGUGAAAGGAAAGAAACAAUUAGAAGAGAACAAGUUCAUGGCCUUGGAUCAAACAUACAAUGUCCCAAAAGAUUCAGACCAUGACAAGAUCACUGGAAAGUUUGAUCAUGAAUGUCUCACUUUGGUCAUCCCUAGAAAAGUUUCUCAAGAUCAAAAGAAACCAUCAUCUUCAUCUAAUGAUCAACAACAACAACAACAACAACAACAGAAACAAGAACAAAACUUAAUUCCUGCAGAUCAUGAUGGUCAGAAAGGUGAUCAUGAUGAUCAUGAGAAAAAGAAGAAGGAUGAAGAGAAAGUGAUGAAGACUAGUGAGAAAUAUUGUGAGAGUUCAAAGGUUUGCUGGUUGGAGCAUGGAGUGGUGGAUUGUUUGUUGGAGAGAAUGAAUAGGAACAGGAAGGUUAUUUCUGUUGCUUUUGUGGCUUUUUCUGUUGGUUUUUAUGUGUCUCAUAAACUCAAGACAGCAGGGAAAUGUUUCAAUAGGAAGGACUUCACUGUUCAAGUAAGCCAGGGAAGAAAGCUAAUAUUCAAGGGAAGAAGACAGUUAGAGAAGAACACUUAUGUCCUUCUUGAUACAACCUACGAUCUGCCUCAAGAUUCAGACAACAAUAAAAAGAUGACCUUCCAGUUUGCUAAUGGACGCUUUGUUCUGCCAAUACCAAAGAUGGUUAAGCCAAUGCCUGAGGAAAAGCUGAAAUCAGAAGAGAUUAAGCAACAACCACUACAUGCUCUUUCUCCUUUCCAUCAUGAAAAGAAGAUUGAACAAGGAAAGAAGCAGGAAGAUGCACUACAAGCUGAGAAGAUGAAGCCCAUCCAAGGGAGAGAAAAGGUGGCAGCUGAUCAAAUACCACAACCAAAGACUUCACCUCCAACUGAUCAUGAGAAGAAGUUUGAGGAGAGAGAAAAGGUGGCAGCUGAUCAAAUAAUACAACCAAAGACUUCACCUCCAACAGAUCAUGAGAAGAAGUUUGAGGAGAGAGAAAAGGUGGCAGCUGAUCAAAUACCACAACCAAAGACUUCACCUCCAACUGAUCAUGAGAAGAAGAUUGAGGAGAGAGAAAAGGUGGCAGCUGAUCAAAUAAUACAACCAAAGACUUCACCUCCAACUGAUCAUGAGAAGAAGUUUGAGGAGAGAGAAAAGGUGGCAGCUGAUCAAAUACCACAAUCAAAGACUUCACCUCCAACUGAUCAUGAGAAGAAGAUUGAGGACAGAGAAAAGGUGGCAGCUGAUCAAAUAAUACAACCAAAGACUUCACCUCCAACUGAUCAUGAGAAGAAGAUUGAGGACAGAGAAAAGGUGGCAGCUGAUCAAAUAAUACAACCAAAGACUUCACCUCCAACUGAUCAUGAGAAGAAGAUUGAGGAGAGAGAAAAGGUGACAGCUGAACUAUCACAAACAAAGGUUCCACCUCCAAAUGAGAAGAAGAGUGAUCAUAUUCAAGAUGAAGGUUCAAAGGAGAAGAUCACUGAUGAUCAAAAUGAGAAAAAAUUUAGACUUCUCUGCAAGAGAAAGUUCAGAGAAGAAGGAUGGUUAGACCAUGGAAUGCUUGAUAGUUUGAUUGAGAGGAUUAACAACAACAAGAAGGUUAUACUUGUUGCUGUUGUUGCUCUCUCUGUUGGAUUUUAUGUGUCUCAUAAACUCAGAUCAUCUAGAAAAUGAAUUCAAUUA